CCCAUUUCCCCCUGUGUUACCGGUACCGUACGGUCGACGUGCCACACUGUACUGUAGCGUCCCUUUUGCCUCUCUGCCUUCCCUCUCCCUCCCUUGUCAUCAAAGCAUCGAGCCUUCCUCUUGGCACUUUUGCACUCCUCGCUUCGGGAAGUCUGAGACAUCAUGCUUACUAAUGGGAACGUUUUCUUCCAAUCAUAUUUUCUCAAGCACGGGCCUUUGGCGGAAAAGGUAAAGGUUUUGCUUCCCUUGGGAAUUUGGCGGAUGCGUGUAUUAUCGAUUCCGAUACAUUUCGAGUCCAUGUCUUUGGUGACCCUUCCCACGUUCUUUUGAAUGGAUUGAAAGUUAGCAUAGCUGCCCCAUCCAUUUUUCACACUGCCUGCUUUUCUCUACAUACCAUGGCGGACAUUUCUUUCUCCUCCGUUUCUCCUUUACCUGCGCUGGGGUUAGGGGAGUAUGAGGAAUCCGGGGCGCUGAUUGGAUGUGGCAGCCCCUCCACUUUAACCCUUCAGGCAUUUUGGUGGUGGGUGCGUCCUGGUAGUUUUGGUGUGGUAGCCCGAAGUGAUGUGGGUUGCUUGCCAGCCGCUCACAGCAUAAGGUCUGCCACUCCCACUGUUUUCUCCCAUACUGCUCGCUCUCACACAACUCCUUUCCCCCCCAUACAAACUCGCCUCGCAGUAAGUCUCCUCCCUUACUAUCGCUCUGCCCUCUACCAAAAAAAAUUUCCUACGGCAAAAAAAAACCUACUCCCUUUUCGCUGCUUCCUGCGAUAAGAUAAAAAUUCCUAGUGACCCGAACAACCUGACUGACCAUCAAUUUCGAAAAAAACACAGAACUCUCUCAUCUUUGUUAAUUCUCUAAAGUUUCCUUGUUGCAAUCGCUUCUGAAGGUUUGUCUCUCCCUUCCUCUCUGUCGUGAUCCAUUUUCGUUUUUCAUUUGGCUCUUCCCCACAACUCCCCUUCCUUCCCUUGAACUCUACCUCCACACAUGCAAACUUCAUAACCGCGCAACCGUAUCAACGCUUUUGUACCGCGCGGUAUACUUCCUUCACCUUCACCCUAUAAAAAGCUGCCCGAGCCCUUCACAUUUUCCCCUAACAUUUCUUUCUGUCUCCCCCAGACUUGAGGAGAAUCAGGGGAGAGAUCAAAAAAAUAAAAUAGAAAAAUAAACAAAAGAAAAGCCUCCACCUCAAUCCCAUCUUCGCUUCUUCUCUUUUUAACCACAACUCGCUAAGCUCACGCGUUCGCUCGCUGCUCCAGUACUUGUGUCGUCAUAUCUUUUAGUACCAUCUUCAUAAUGCCUAAAACUGAGCGUAUUCGCAAGCCCGCCAAAGCUGCCAAGAAGAAGAAGGGUAUGUAUUCCUUCCAUCCUUUCACUCCAUUUUGCAGCUCCUUUCGUCCUUCAAUAGCUCUGGAGACUUUUAUUGCGAGCACUUCGUACAUGAUCUAUCUUCCUUUCGUGUGAUAAUCCUUAACACUAACUUUUCCCUUACUACAGAUCCUAAUGCUCCCAAGCGUGGUCUCUCUGCCUAUAUGUUCUUUGCGAACGAACAGCGUGAGAAUGUUAGGAAUGAUAAUCCUGGAAUUGCCUUCGGUAAGUUUUCUCCCGUUUUCGUUGCGCUCUUUUAUGCUAACUUCUCUUGCAGGGCAGGUUGGUAAAGUCUUGGGCGAACGUUGGAAGGCUUUGACCGAAAAGCAGCGCCAACCAUACGAAGCCAAAGCGGCCGCUGAUAAGAAGCGAUAUGAAGACGAAAAGGCCGUGUACAACGUAAGUGAUCCCCUUGAACUCUGAGCAGUGGGCGUUCCAUCCAUCCAUCCUUGACAGUAUCUGACUAACGCGUUCAUGAUACAGGCACAGGGAGGCGCUGAGGAGGAGGAGGAUGACGAGUAGUCACUUUAUUCUUUGUCUUAGUGCUCUUGGCAUCCAUUCACCCGUUCUUUCAGUUCAUGGAAUAACCGUGCUUCUUCUCUUUACCUACACAAUACCAAAAACAGACCAAAAAAAGAUGUCAGCCAUCAUCUCAAUCCCUUUUUUCCCUGAGAGAUGAUUUUCCAAUAUCAAAAUUUGUUGUGGCCGUAGAAGUGGGGGUUUUUCUAUCUUGUGUGCACAUGCUGGUUGCGGUGUGUUUGGUUGGCUCCUUUUAUGUCUCUUAAUGAAUGUAUGUGGCGAUUGAGACGAGAGGGCCGAUUCGUUGAGUUGGGAAACUCGAUGAAUUGAUCUGUAUUUUAGUCCCCAGUCUUUUUAUCACAUCUUAUUUCUACUAACUUGGAUUUUUUUUCUCUUUUUCCUCUUUUUCUUCCCCCCGCUGAUUUACAGCUAAGUCGGGGGGGUUUUUUUCUAAAUGGGCUUUAGUGGGGCAUCGGGAGGGGCAGGGACUCGUUGGUUUGACAAUACACGCUUGAUGGUGGUCGAGGAUGAUGGUGGAGCGAUGGGAAAUGAUCGGAGCGGAAUGAAAAGGCAUGGAUUGAAUUAAUGGAGUCCUCCAUUGCUGAUUGUUGUUGUGACGCGUGGACACGGGCGUAACGCGUCACUUGCCGGUCGCGGCAUGUGACAUUCGCGUGAUCUGGGGCAGAUGCGGGCUUGGAUCAAGUUGAUUGGCGGGAUGCGUUAACCUAAGCCGAAUAGGGUCAACGCAUCGUGUGUGUGUGGGGAGGGGUGAAGGAUUGAUGAUCGAUCCACAAUGCAUUUAUGGUAGAGAGCCGUAUUGCUUUGCUUUUGCUCUGAGCUAAGGUGCCUGUAAAGUUGUUGUCGGAAGGGACGUCGAAGUCAUAGAUGUGUUUGACACUCCCCCACUUCCAUCCGGGAAGGGAGGAGGGAGAGGAGUGGGCAGAUGCCGUACAAUGGAUGAAAAUGGGGGGGAGAGGAGGAGGGUCGGAGUAGGAGAGGCGAAGAGCGGAAGGGACUGUCACUACGCAGCUUUUCUCCUUUUCUUCUCUUUCUCUUAAAUGCGCUUUACUGGCAUCGACACUUCGCAAAAUUAUGGGGAAUGAACGCUUCACGCACUCGUCUAUCACUCGCUCGCGGUACUCUACCGGUAUUGCACUGUACCGUACGAGUACAUGCAACGAAAGGCAGCAACAAACUACCGGUGUUGCAACUUUGGUGCCAGGAAGUAUCGUCAUUCAUGGCGGUGACGAUGCUGUUCACGGGUUUUUAUUUAUUUAUUUCGGUUCGGUACCAUGCGUACCGUAUAGUACUCGAGUAUAGUACCAUCCUGGUUGUAUGCUGGGUUUUUGUCAUAAUCAUAUUUUCAUGGUUCUGAUCAUUUUGUUGAUACAGUCUGUUAGGCACAGAAGACUGAUCUUAGAAAGUGACAUUCGUUUAUCGGAACCUGAUACUUUUUGACACCUCUCCGUGAGUGCUUUUUUCAUGAGAACCC